GCGCGCUGCAUCCGGCCGGCGGGCGCGCUCCCGAGAGAAGGAACACCGAGCUGAGCUGUGCGUGACAGCUCACAAGUGUCCACGUCAACACAGCUGAAGACGGCGGCGAUGGACUCCGUGUCGCUGGAACCUUCACUCUACACAGUGAAAGCUUUAUUCAUCUUGGACAACGAUGGCAACAGACUCCUGUCAAAGUACUAUGACAAGGACUUGUACCCAUCCAUGAAGGAGCAGAAGAACUUUGAAACCAACAUUUUCAACAAGACUCACAAAGCAGACAAUGAGAUUGCUUUCCUGGAGGGGAUGACCAUCAUUUACAAGAGUAGCAUAGAUCUUUUCUUCUAUGUUGUUGGAAGUGCACAGGAGAAUGAGCUGAUGUUGAUGUCGGUGUUGAACUGCUUGUUUGAUUCCCUGACUCAGAUUCUGAGGAAAAAUGUUGAGCGCAGGUGUUUGCUGGACAAUAUGGAUGGAGUUUUCCUUGUUGUUGAUGAGAUCAUUGACGGAGGGGUGAUUCUGGAGAGCGACCCUCAGCAGGUGCUGCAGAAGGUCAACUACAGAGCGGACGAGAAUCCUUUAUCAGAACAGAGUGUAGCCCAGCACAUAAGUGAGAAACUGGCUCUGACCUCUAAUGUUCUACAGUCGGCCAAGGAGCAGAUCAAAUGGUCAAUACUGAAAUGAUUCUUGAAGAGGAGUUUUUGCAUCACGUUUUAACUCGAUGUCCAUUCAUGUCACGCAUUCAUAGUUCUUAUUUAAGAUAAGCCCUCAUUGCAUUAAAAAAAGUUUUUAUUGGCUUUAAUGGAGAAGGUGUGAGCUUAAACUUUAAAUAUAAAUGCUUGAUUUAACACGAUGCUAAUUGUGUUCAUGCUGCAGUUGUAAAUAUGCAUUUUAUUUCAUGUGUAUGUGUUGGUUAAAGAAGGGAUCUGUUACCUUUGCACUGCCCGAAUUCCUUAAAGAUGUUCAUGACGUGUUGUCUCAGCUCCAUUAAGCUGUAUUGGGCAUCACAAUAUGAGAUGAUGGGAAAAUGUGGAAUACAUUUUACUGUAUUUCAACGUAAAAAUAAAUAAACAAGCGCUAUGUCUGGCUGCUCCUUUUAUGGUGUG